ACUCUUUUAAUCAAAGUAAUAAAGUGAACUGGUUUCAUUUUUCAAUAAAAUUUAUGCAAGUGCUAUAUUGCAAGUGUAAUAUUACGGAUAGCUCGUAUUUCUAAAGAUUCUCGACCAUGUCCUAAUAAUACUAGUAGAUAUCUAAGUGUUGUUUUAAUAUUUCAACAAAAAUGUACUCCAGCAAAGAUGCGGCAAAUCCGUCAUAUCCCACGCAGUGGGCCUUGAAUCCUAAUGCGUAUCAAAAUGUAGACUCGAGUCAAGUAGACUGGGCUGCUUUAGCUCAACAAUGGAUCGCUAUGAAAGAAGCGGCAGCGAUUGUGGAGGCGCCGCCACCACCGUCCCUCAAACCUGAUGCUGAAGAAGGUGAAGCACCGAUGGAAGUUGAAAAUCCUGAUAGUGCAGAACCAGCUGUUCCACCGGCACCUGAAUGGAACACAUCCACAAAUUCCUGGGGUAAUAAUUGGAACCAAUGGGGUUGGGGAUGGUCAGGGAGUGGUUCUGCUGACAACAAGCUAGCGGCUGAUCAAACAAUGGCCUUAAGGCAGAUGAUGGAUGGAUAUUCUGGGGACAGUAAUGCUGCCAUGCCAGGCUACACCACGGCUGGUGUGCCCACACCAACUUUCCAACACGGUUACUGGACAGCCCCUCAACCUUCAGAUGAUACCAGCAGUAGAGGUAGCAGUCAUAGCAGAGACAGAAGAUCAAAAAGCAGAAAUCGGGAUACUAAGCCAACAAGAACAGCAAGGAUGCCCAGAGAUAACAAAAUAGCGCCGGUGAUGCCUCCAGUAAUGGAGCCAAUAGUAAUGCCUACGCAGAUGCCCACACCAACGAUCGAUGCGGCUAAAAGACGACAAUUACCAGCUUGGAUCAGAGAGGGAUUAGAAAAAAUGGAACGUGAGAAGCAAAAAGCACUAGAACGGGAACAAGAGAAGAAAGCAAGGGAAGAAGCAGAGAAACUAAAGAAGCGAUUAGAAGAAGAAGAACUUGCGCGAUUAAAAGCAGAAGCCAGUGGACAGCCAAUACCACCACCUAAGAGCAAAUUUGAAUCUGAUUCAGAAGGAGAAGAUUCAGAAGAUAUUGAAGAAAAAGCUUCAUCACCUGUAGAAGCAUCGAAUGAAAGGGAAAUUCCGCAUGAAGAAACUCAUCAGGCCUUCAAGAGGAGUCGAGAGGAGAUAAUGCAGGAAGUGAUGUUAGCAGUCCGUCGCUCGCUAACAGAGAUCCUCCUAGAGGUGACCGACCAGGAGAUCCAAAUGGUGAGCCAGGAAGAAUUGGCCCGAUAUAACGCCGCCCAAGCGUCGCGCCUCAACGCCAUGAAGGCGAGCAAGUCGAAGGCACUCGCCGCUAUCGCCAGUGGGCUCGGACUGGGCGCGUACGAGAGUAGCAGCGAGGAGAGUGGGGGUGAAGACGAACAGAACGACAUUACUGAUCAACAAUUACAGGAUAUCAUCAAGCGAAAACGUCAAGAGUUCGAGCGGACGUCGCGCGAUAUAGAAGCGGAGGUGCGUCGCGCCGAGUUGCGCGAGUCUGGGGACGAGCCCGUCACGCCUGUAGCCAACACGCCGGAGAGACCGAGGAGAUCACAGAGUUCAGCGACCCCGCCUCCUUUGGAAAGUGAUACACCCGAAAAACUCCCUGAACGUCGUAUAUCAAGAGAUAAAAAAAGUAAUAAUAGUAAGCCUAAUGACAAACUUGAUGGUGUUAGAAAAUUAGAAGUCAUCCCUGAAGAGAAACCAAAGAAAUCAAGUAAACGAGAUUACACACCUAGUCCUCAAAAAAACAAUACCAAGAUUAAUAACAAAAAUAGUUCAACUUCUAGUGAUACAGAGGCAGAUUCUGCAUCGAGUUCUAGUGACUCAUCAUCAGAUAAUGAAUCUAUCCAAAAAAUAGAGACGAAACAAGUGAAAAAACGUAAAAGGCAAAACUCUAGUUCUAGUGAAUCACAUAAAAAAUCAAAAAGAGAUAAAUAUAAGAAUAAAUCGUACAAAAGUGAUGACAAAUACUCAAAAUCGAAACAUUAUGAUGACAGUGAAAGAUCCGAAAAAUCUAAGUCGAGAAGAAAAGAGGACUCUUACAGCAGACACAAGUCUUCUAGAAGUAGAGAUUAUGACAGAUCACAUAAAGACAAAUACAGAGAUGAUUCGGAAGAGGAGCGACCCAGGAAACGUACGAAGCGUUCCCGUUCGACGAGUUACGAAUCGAAAUCUGGACGCAGGAGAUUAUCGAGGGACAGGUCCGAGGAGCAUUCGCGUCGUCGCGACAGAAGAUCUUACGAUAGGGAAACGUCAAGGCGGGAUAGGUCAUACGACCGGUCCGGUCGUGACUACGACAAGCAUGAUAGGUAUGAGCGGUCUAGGGACUACGACCGGCGGCGUUCACGCAGCGGCAGCUACUCGCGGCAUCGACGAUGA